AUGGCUUCUGAUAAAUCUACAAUGGAUAGCGUUGUCUCAGCUCAACAUGGAUUAUACACAGUUCAUGAACUGAUGCAGAUAGCAAACAUAACAAUGUUAAAGAUAUGGUCUAUACUUAUUUCCAAGGCAGACAAGCAUGCAAGGACAGUGAUGGUGGAAAUGGGUGGAUUAGCAUUCUUACUAGCAGUAAUACCAUUCAAAUUUUUCUUAAUGGGUCUCAUCGUGUUGCAUCGUGAUAUAAAGGGAUCGAACCUUCUUGUUGAUAAUGAAGGAGUUAUUAGGAUUGCUGAUUUUGGAUUGGCUUCCUUCUUUGAUCCUAAACACAAGCAACCUAUGACUAGUAGGGUGGUUACUUUAUGGUAUCGAUCUUCUGAACUUCUUCUAGGAGCCACUGAUUAUGAUGUAGGCGUGGACCUGUGGAGUGCUGGUUGUAUCCUUGCUGAAUUAUUGGCUGGAAGGCCUAUUAUGCCUGGUCGAACCGAGGUGGAACAACUGCAUAAGAUAUUUAAGCUAUGUGGUUCUCCUUCUGAAGAAUAUUGA